ACAAAAAUGCUGUAAUUCUAACACUCGGCUUUCAGUUUCCUACGAGACUUCCCCCAGAAGAGACAUCGAAUUUCCGUGAAAUUUUCAAAGAAAUCCUUGCACUAAGAGUUCAAUGCAACAACCAGAGAGAUACCUUGAAUCGGUAUUCCACGCGUAAACCCAAAAAAAAUCGACAAAAAAGUGAAUAAACAACAAAGACCCAGAGCGACACUCCAAAAGUGAUCCAAACAGAGUUCAUUGGACGCCCCGAGAGUGGAGAGACAAAGUGAAACGACCUCCCCCAACGCGCGCAAAAAAAGAGCGAAAAAAAAAAAGAAAACACACCCACUGCAUCAUCGCCAGCACUGCAGCCACUGCUCCUUAACCCACAAAAAGAGAGAGAGAAAACAUGGAUGUUUGGGGAUUCUGUGUCAGCGACUCCACCAUGGCAUAUGGCGGAUCCAUGCGGAAUGGCUACUACCGGGACUACGAGCAGUUCCCGUACGGGACACUGGAGUCCACCACCUCGCCCUAUGCGGUCAAGGACUGCUAUAGCCGCGUCCAAGAAAAAUGCAAGCAAAUAAAGUCUGAGAAGCAGAUGCGCAAGGACUGCCCCUUUUGCAAGGAGCACAAGAAGCGGCCUCUUAUCAACUACAUGCGGAAGAGGGAGCAGCGCAAGCACCAUGACAGCAUCUGCGAGGACGAGGAGGAGAUGCACGAGCACGAGCACGAGCACAACCACUCCCACGCCCAUGAGGUGGUGCAGCAGCCCGCUCCUGCGCUCUCCUCCGUCCUUGCCACCCAACAGAGCUGCAAGGUGUAACUUGGGAUGGACAAAGAAGAAGAAAAACAAAAAAAAAAAAUUAAAUAUUCAGCGAUUCUUAAAUGCCAUAUAAAUGUUAUAAAAAAAAAAGAAAGAAAAAAGCUGACACAAAGACGGCGACAAGCAAGUGAGAGAGCGAGACAACAACUGCAGCUACAAUAAUCCAGCGCGACUGUACCUUUUUGAACGGUUGCCGAAGCAUUUCCGCAUCGCGAAUACACUACCAUUUACAAAAUCCCCAACCUGUUGAUACCAAUUUACAAAGAUCCCCCUAUACUCCUACCCAAAGUAUCUUCGACAUUUUUUUUUCUAUUUCUACAAAGCCAAUAGUACACAGUGAGAAAAAACAAUCUUUGUCCGCUUGACCAACGCAUUUUUUUUGACCUUAGACAAAGUGAAAAAAAAAGAAAAAUAAUUAUACAAAAAUACAACAACAACAACAAGGGAAGCAAAAAUAGCAGAAAAAGUAAAUUUUCUAUUUUGCAUACGAGACUGAGUAAAAAAAAAACUGCAGUAGAAAAGCCUAAGCUAAAUUUCUUCUUUUUUCGACAUAAUUGGAUGAGUUACAGGAAUAUAUAAUCGAAAAAAUAAUAUAUAUAUUAAUAUGAAGAAUAACAACAAAGGAAAAAUGCUUCAUUGGCGAUCAAGGUUUAGAAUUAUUAUUUUUUUCGAUAUAUGUGUAGCUAUGUAUACUUUGGACCCCGAUUUUUAUUGUAUCCUUGUCUAUAUUAGACAUUCCUUAAUAUAUUUAUUGUAAUACCAACUGAGCAUUGCACAGUUCGAGCAAAUGUCAAAAAAUCUAAUUAUUGUUAAAUGAAAAAGUUGCAAUUUUCCAAAAAAGUUUAUGCCAAGUUACACUUUUUCAACCUUUUAUAUUAAAAAAAAUAAUAAUAAUUAAAUAUUUAAAUAAAGAUUAUUUGGUGUUGAGCCCCAACUGUGCAAAAAAUAUACAAAAAAAAGUUAAAAAAAAAAAUAUAUUGUAUUAGUUAAGUAAUUGAUCAAGAAAAUUUAUUGAUUUGUGAAAAAUUUGCUUGCAGGUACCGAGAAAAUUUUCAAUUUAUACAAUGUUAUAUAUCAUAUAUAUUAUAUUAUAAAGUUUAAUUUAAAUUAUAUAUUGAAAACAAUAAAAUUUAACAAAAAUUAAAAACAAAAUACUCCUUUUCUUGAAUUUAUGGGAAAAAUAAAACAAGAUUUCUCUAAAAAUAAAAUAUUAUUAUUUACAUUGAGGUGGGUCAGUUUCGAAAACAGCCCAAAACUGGUUUAGUUUUUGUCGAAAAAUUCCUUUAAUCUUUACGGAAACCUUUCCGUCUCGCACCAUUUCGCUAAUUGAAGUUAAUAAGACUUUUACCGACCAAAUUAAUAAAAAUUCCCAUCAUGAAUACUCGAAAAAUAAAUAACAAAAAAAUAUUAUGGCUAAGGUCAGUUUUCAACUGAUUACCUGAGAACUAAAUAUGGCACUAAUGUGACCCACAAAGUGUCUCCUUGAAUCCCCAUCAGCUAUCUGGCUAUCUGGGACCUUGACCAUGUGAAAGUAGAGGGUUUCCUAGAAAGUCACCCCCAAAUAUAACCUUCCUUGAAGUGUUUUGGAUUUGAAAUUUGCAUUUCAAAGAUUCCAGAGGCGAGGCGCGUGGAUGAGAUCAGCUUUUCGUUUUGAUUAUAAAAUUGCUCAAAAGCUCUGACCGCACUUCAAGAUUGCUUGCAUAUUUAAAUGACUCUUUUCCUGGGGCCUCGACCGGCUGGAUCAAAUUGUGAAUAGCCCCAGCACGCCAUAUCUAUAUAGUAUAGUACCCGUAGUACCCCCAUGAGUCGAAAAAAAAACAAACAACGCACGGAGGGAAGCCAUAAAUGCAAUUCUGUUUAUACAAUGAAUUCUAUUCAUUUUAAAUUCAAUGUUAACCAGUUUGCUCAGGGAUUGGAACUAGCUAUGGGGGUGAAAGGGUGAAAUUGUUAUUAUACGCUGGAUUAAAUUACAAUUGUUGUUGUGUGGGAACUGGAACCAAACCAGCACGUUCUACUAUUAUCUAAAGCGAACGUGAAUAAAGUUCAAAAUUGGAUUUUUAUAGACCAACUUUAGAGUUGAAAUAUACGUUGAAAUAUUUGUUUUUUUUUUUGUCAGCGGUAGACCAGCCUCCCGUGAACUAUAAUUAUCUUUUGUUCAAUUAGUAAAUAAAAAAAUCUGUCAAACGCUUUUCAGACCUUAAUAUGGAUUUUAUCUUUUUUAUUUAUUCCACAUUACUCCGGAUAGUUAAUAAGUGCUAAUUUUGAAACUAAAGCUUUUGAAAAGCAUGCUUUGCCUUAAGGAUGGAAAGAAGUUGGGCAAGAGCAAUUGCAAAUGCGAGCCAGUGGCCUGUAAAUGUGGCAAAAGGCGGCAGCAACAACAAAUGAAACUUUUGUUGUCGCAACUUCAGAGCCGCGAUAAGUUAUCAAGUGUUAUAUUGUUUUAGUAUACACCAACAAGAAGAAAAAAAAUUACAAAUAAAACACAACAAAAAGUA